UUAAUAUCCUCCUGGGACCCAGCGUCCAUUUAAAUGGACAUGCAGUUUUAUACUUCCAGUUUCGUUAAUUUAAUAUUUACGCAGCGUAGACCUCGCAUCCACUACGUUGGACACUUCCGUGCUGCCGCCUAGUCCGAUUCGGCCGACUCUUAGUCUCGCACCUGCGCCGUGAAUCAGUAAGUUUGUUUUCUGUUGUGAUGGCGGCUGCACGUGAUUCUCGUUUAGAUGGUAUGUAACCUAUUUUUAACAUUAUGUGCUGAUUUAGGAGGAAAUAUAUAUUCGUUAAUGUUUAAUAGAUACAUUUAAACAGCUUUAUAAUAAUAAAAAUUUUAAAUAACUUUUGUACUAGCCUAAAUUAUUUGCGUCCAUUUAAAUGGACAUUGGGUCUAUCUCAUGAAUAUUUUUGAUUUAUUCGGAAAAUUAUUUUAGCAAUUUUUGGCAAUAAACGAGUGCUUCGGCCAGGGGAAGAUGACGAAAAAUUGAGCAAAUACUACAACUCAUUGCAAACGAUGAUUCUGACGUUGAAAUGUCUGAUGAUGAAAAUGAAAUUGAAAAUAUGGAUAAUUUAGUACAGAGAGAGGACGAAAUAAAUGAUGAAGACCUGCGACAGUUUUGGAGAAGGAAUGAUACUUUUACACCUCCAAAUUUUGAAGGUCCGUCUAGUGAAUGCAGCGCACAGCUUCGCGAUGGUUGGACUGCAAAAUCGUAUUUUGCCAUGUACUUAGAAGAUGACAUGUUCCAAAAAGUAUGUGAUUGCACAAAUGCAAGGUAUGUUGAACUUAAAGGUGUAUCCCUUAGAUUGACACUUAAUGAGAUUAAACAUUUCUUUGGGAUAAUUUGUUUAAUGUCCUGCCUAAAAUAUCCUAGAAUCAGAAUGUACUGGGCCAAACCCACGAGGGUUGCAGCUAUUGCGGAUGUUAUGACUCGAGAUAGGUUUUUUCUAUAA